AUGAAGACGAAAGUUGCUCAGCUAGUGGCGUCUGUGGCCUGGUUUGUCUCACUGGCGCUUGCUGGCAAUCCCAACUCGAACACGUCGAAAACAUCAGGAGGACUGGACCCAAGAGACUCGUACCUGAAGGCAUACCCAAUGGGGGAAUUCGAAAGCAAUGACUUUGCCAAGAAUGCCGAUUCGACCGACGGGGGAGGCCCAACUCUCGGUGAAUCGGUUGUUGCUGCUACCGAGACGGAGCUGUCAGAGCCAGCGGAUUUUUCGGAUGAUAUGGUGACAAUGUCUCCUCAACUGAAGAAGAAGGUUGGCAUCGACAUGGGAGCGCUUGACAGGAAAGGCGGUCCCUUGGACUGGGUUCAAGAACCGGUUGAAGACUCGCAGGAUUCCGCUUUAUCUGAAAGCGAUGGUUCUGAAACACCAAGGCCAACCCCCGCUGCUACAUUCCCUACUGGAAAAGUGCACAGUUCUUCAGACGCUGGUGCUGCAACAGAUGCUCCAUCUCAUGACGAUUCCAAGGCCACGAAAGGCGGUCCCUUGGACUGGGUUCAAGAACCGGUUGAAGACUCGCAGGAUUCCGCUUUAUCUGAAAGCGAUGGUUCUGAAACACCAAGGCCAACUCCCGCUGCUACAUCGAGGAGUCCAGCUCACCAGUCAGAUGACCAUUCAAACAACCAGCAGCCAACUCAAUCGCCUCAAUGGGAUCAACAGCCAAACAACCAGCAGCCGACUCAAGCGCCUCAAUGGGAUCAACAGCCAAACAACCAGCAGACACCUCCUGUUUCCAACAACGAGCACUCUCAAGGACCUCAGCCAGCGCAGUCUGACCAGAAUUCGCACUGGCAGGGUGUAUGGGGUACAAGCCCUUCCAGCGGCAGCCAGAACCAUUGGGCGGGUGGAUGGGGAGCUGCCACCCAGACCCCAUCGAGCCCAACGCCGGCACCGACGAAGGCGUCUGACCCAAGUCGAAAGUUGAACCAGAGCCCUCCAGCUGAAACCGUUGUCCUUUCAAGUGCACCGCCCGUCUCAGCUCCGUCUCCUUUGAUGUCGAAGUGCGCCGUACAUCGCUCGAGAUACUGA